UAUAAAGGGCAGCUCCUCUCCUCUCCUGUCCCGGUGACCCGCGACAAGCCGCUAUUCCUCACCGUCUCCAGACAACAGGGAGCAAGGAGGAUGGCGGCCGCGGCCAGACUCGCCCUCCUGCUGCUGGCCUGCGUGGGGCUCCUGCGGCCGGUCGAUGGCAGGCACAUAAACUACUGCCCCGACGGCUGGUAUUACUACAAGCUCAGCUGCUUCAAGUACUUCCCCGACCCCCAGACCUGGGACGAGGCUGAGAGCCGGUGCCGGGACGUCAGGGAGGGCGCCCACCUGGCCUGGGUGGAGGAUGCCCGUGAGGCCGCCACCCUGCGGAGAGCCAUCUCCUACUACCAGCGUGUGCAGCCCGUCUGGAUCGGCCUCCAGAAGAGUCAAGAGAGCCAGGUCUGGCAGUGGACGAGUGGGAAGAACUACAGUGCCAGCGGUGAAGUGCCCGGGAACGGUGCCCGAGGGGGGAGCUGCGCCGCGCUUACCCAUCGCAGCGGUUUCACGGUGUGGGACAGCGCGGAGUGCUCCCGGAAACAUCACUACAUCUGCAAGUUCUACCCCUUGCACUGAGCGCAGCCCCGGGACCCCGCGCCGGCCGCGUUCCUCCCGAACCGCCUCUGCCCCUCUCCCCGCAAC